AAUUCAUCACUCACUUUUACAACACUGAAGUGAAUGAAUGGCCACCCCGCACUCUGCUCUGCUUCUCUUUCAUCUUCUUCUGAUGCUCAUUCUCCCAUCUCCUUCUCUUCAACAGCCCAGCCACCAAAAAAUGCACCCAUUCGACCUCAACGCCCUUCUUUCCAUAAAAACCACACUCACCGAACUCUCUCUCUCCAAACACUUCUUCUCCACAUGGAACCUCACCGCACCCGAUCCCUGCUCCUCCUUCGCCGGCGUCACCUGCUCUCUCAACCGAGUCUGCAUCCUCUCCCUCGGCACCAACUCGCUCCCACUCGCAGGCUCACUUCCUUCCUCCAUCGCCUCACUCACUGAGUUGACUCAGCUCAUCCUCUACCCCGGAAUCGUCACCGGUCCUAUCCCUCCCCAACUCGCUCAACUCACCAAACUCCGAGUCAUCUCCUUACCCAGCAACCGAUUCACCGGAACAAUCCCCUCCACUUUUUCCUCCCUCCAAAACCUUCACACUCUCGACCUGAGUCACAACCAACUCGCUGGGUCAAUCCCGCCGAGUCUCACCGAGUUGCCUCAACUCAAGGUCCUCAUCCUUGCUUCCAAUUCCCUCACCGGCGCGUUACCGAGAACCAUUUCCUCGCCGUUACUCCAUUUCGACUUGAAGGACAACCAGCUCACGGGACCGUUACCGCCGUCACUGCCGUCAUCGCUCCGUUACCUGUCGCUGUCACAGAACCGCAUGUGGGGCCCUCUCACCAACGGGUUGAAGUCGCUCUCAGAGUUAGUGUUCCUCGACCUCAGCAUGAACCGUUUUAGUGGGCCCAUCCCGGCCCAAUUGUUCUUCAUGCCCGCGCUCUCCUCUCUCUUCCUGCAACGGAACAAUCUCUCUGGUGGGCUUCCGAGAGGACCCAGGCCAGGGCCCAUUGACAGCUACGGCGAAGGGUCCAUCGUUGAUCUGAGCCACAACGCGCUCAGUGGGGAACUGUCGACGGUGCUUGAUGGAGUGGAGACCUUGUUUUUGAAUAAUAACCGUUUGAUGGGGAGCGUGCCUGAGGCGUAUGUCAAGAGCGUGUGCCGCGGCAGCACCAGAACAUUGUAUCUUCAGCAUAACUACUUUACGGGGAUACCGCUGCAAGGGGGAACGCCGUUGCCUGAUACGGCGUCGUUGUGCUUGUCAUACAACUGCAUGGUCCCGCCGGCGACGCUGAUGACGUGUCCGGCCAGCGCCGGCGGACAGAUGUCGAGGCCGGAGGCGCAGUGUUCCGUGUUUAAUCAUGGUCGCAACAAAGAUUAA